AUGCCUCUAAUCGACCAUCUUAAUGCUUCGGGCACGCAAGGUGUUGAAAGAAUGGGCCUGUUGACAUUCUAUCUACAAUUUGCUGGUCAUAAAGAUGAUGCUUACAUUUAUAAGGCUAGCUGCACACCCGGAUUUCAAUCCGCGGAUAUCUUGAAUGCCAAUAUAAGAUUUGCUCAAGUAACAGGCAAAGUCUUGCAAACUAUUUACACCACCAAAGAACAAGCAGAGCACACGUUCAUAGCAGAGGUUCAAACGAUAUUGUUUGAAUUACAUCAGAUAUCGCAAUCUGUACCCAAAGAUUCUGCUUUGAACUUUUCGAACCGACUUGAAGUUACGAGGAACAGCGCAACACUUCAUCUAAUGCUUUAUCAGGCGAUUUUCCUCGCCACAAGCCCAGUUUUACUCCGCCUUGCCAGAGAGAGAGUCAAGGGACAGCAUCAAAGUACGUCUAAAUCUCUGGAUUCCUUCGCUAAGACGUGCGUGGACGCCGCUUGCCACACCUUGAAUAUCCUAUGUUCUUUCCAGCGGCAGAAUCUGAUCGCAUUUCCGGCCGGUUUUGGCUUUGCCUUGGCCGAGUCAAUCCAUCCCUCUCCACACAGCCUCUCUGGUUUCUCUGGAAUCCGGAGCUGCUUGGACAUAUUGAGGCAUCUAGAGAGUCAAGGAAACAAGCUGUCAGCUGCAAGGCAGAGAGAUAUCCUCCAUAUGCGUAAUGAACUCGACAUAGUCCAAGGCCAGGCAGCCAAUUAUUCAAACAUGUCCAUCCCCGACUAUGAUAGAAGCAGCGGGCUUGUGCGGAGCAAACAGAAUCCUCCACCAGAAGCACAAACCACGGAGCCUGAUCUAGACUCAUCCAUCGCUCUAGAACAGCCAAUAGACUCGUUAGAAGCAAUGUGUCCUGAUGAUAUGAUCUCAGGCGAAGACUCCCACAACCUCUACGCGUCUACCAUAAUGAUAACCUGA